AUGCGCCGCCCUUCACUUUCCCAGACAAUCCUCAUGGCAUCGACCCUCACGACCGCCCUCCCCACCUCCUACAGACUCACCGCCGACACCACCGAAGUAGGCCCUUCCACCGCACCGCAGGAACCAGCCUUCUACUUCGCCAGCAACGUCGGCUUCAGCAACGGCACCUCCUCCUACUCGGCCAAAAUCUGGCGUUGCGCGGACUCGCCCGCCACUGUGAGCUGCGCGUCGCAACUCGGUCCGGAUAGGCCUGGGCAGCAAAGACUCGAUUGCAGUGAUCAGGAUAAGUGGAAUAUUCGCGUCCAGCAGCCUACGGAUGCUAGCUGUGGGGGCAGUCCGUUGGAGUGUGGGCCUAAUUUCUUGAUUCAGUAUCAGAAUGUGACGGGCCGGGCUAUCUUCCAGGGACAGCCUCUUGGAGCCGGUGGGGAUUGGGAAAGUGAUGGCAAUGGUGGCAUGUCAAUUACAGGGUAUGCAGUCAUGCCAGGCUUCUGA